UGUGGUCAUUUGAGAGGGAUGCUUACGGAGCGCGGAUGAGCGCACAGGUGAUGGAUAUUGUGCUCGUAUCAAGUAGAUCCGGUGUUUGAAGUCUAAAGAAAUGGCAGACUGACCGGCGAACAAAUACAAGGGUUAAAAACUGGAUUUAUUUGAGUACAACCACAAUCUUCUGGAGACAACUACAUCCAUUCCGUGAAAAUCCACAUCCCAGAUCUGAAACGUCGACCCCUCCUCCUGGAGAGGUCUCAUCGUGUUACGGACAGUUCCACCUAACUCCUACGAGAAGCUCCGCCCACCUGAAGACAAGAUGGCUGCCGACGCGCCCUUAAGGACGGAACAGGAAGAGCUUCAGAAAAGAGCCAAUCAGGUCACAGAUGAGUCUCUGGAAAGCACUAGACGCAUGAUGCAGCUGGUGGAGGAGAGUAAAGAUGCUGGGAUCCGGGCUCUGGUGAUGCUGGAUGAACAAGGAGAGCAACUAGAGCGAAUUGAAGAGGGCCUGGACCAGAUCAACUCAGACAUGAAGGAAGCGGAGAAGAACCUGACAGAUCUGGGGAUGUGCUGUGGGCUCUGCUCCUGUGAUAAGCUGAAGAACUUUGAGGAGAGCGAGGCGUAUAAGAAAGUGUGGGGGACCAGCCAGGAUGGAGUGGUGUCCAGCCAGCCGUCCUCUCGCGUGCUGGAUGAGAGAGAGCAGAUGAUCAUGAGUGGAGGGCACAUCCGGAGGGUGACCGAUGACGCACGGGAGGACGAGAUGGAGGAGAACCUGGGUCAUGUCGGCAGCAUCAUUGGAAACUUGAAGAGCAUGGCGCUGGACAUGGGCAACGAGAUCGACACUCAGAACGUCCAGAUUGACCGUAUACAGGGCAAGGCCAUCAACAACGUUGCCCGUAUCGAUGCAGCCAACCAGAAAGCCAACAAUUUGAUGAAGAGAUAGAGAUGCAGUCCCACCCUCGUCCAUCUUGUGCUCGCUCCCUCUGUGCCAAUGGAUGACUCAUCAACACAACCAGGACACUGCCAAACGAUCCUGUAUUCACCACCGUUAGGUCAGCUAGGCCCAAACAUGGGAAGUAGGCAACACAAUUAGUACACAAGGAUGUGGUCCUUAUAGUAAACUCCUUACUUGACAGUUCAAAUAUAAAGCGUUUUCCACCGUGGACAGGUAACAUUUCAAGGGGUUACAUCCAACAUGACCAGUUUUUCAGAAAAUAGGUUUUACAGCUUGGUAGUUGCAAUUAGGACAUACAGCUAACCAGGGUCGGACUGGCCGUCUGGAGAUUUCCCGAACGGCCGGUCAAACGGCCGCGGCAUAAUGCAAAAAAUAAUAAUAAUAAUACACAGCCGUGGGCCGGCCUGCGUUUCAAAGUCCCGGGACGUUUUUCAGUCCCAGUCCAGACCUACAGCUAAACUCUCAGCCACAGACAUCGCAGACACAAAGAAGCAGCACACUCUCUACUGCCUGUUGGUCAGACGUAUGUUUGUCACCCUUUCUCAAGGCUGCGAUGGUAGAGGUAGUAUGUUUGGAUCCUUCCAGUCAUUACUGUAUGCUUUCGAAACUCAGUUUUUCAAAUGGUACACUGAAUGCCAUUCAGUGCUUUUUAAAUGCACGUUGGUUUGUAUUCACGGGACCCAUCUAUGGUCAAGAACAUUAUCUGCUCUGCUCUGUCUUUCGCGUAGGACUAAAUUGUUGAAAAUGUGGUGUACUGUUUUAUACAACAACUCCAAAGACAAAAAAUUAUAACAAUCCUGUAAAUAAUAUCUGUUUGAGUUUAAGCCGGUUGCUGGUAUUGUCCCGGUUCAGCAACCUAUUGUAUAUCUUCAUUCUGUAUUGUGUAUUCUCAUGUUGUGUCUGACUCAAUAAAAGAAAACCCAUAA